AAUAGGAACCAAUAGGAACCAAUAGGAACCAACAGGAACCGGAAGUAGCCGGAAGGAGCCAAUAGGAACGCAGUGACCGGUUACUUCCGGAGGCGGAGACGGAGCCAAUGGCGGAUCCGAGGCGGACAGCGCGUGUGGCAAGGUAUAAGCCACCAGCAGCAGAGACCAACCCAGCCCUGGAGGACCCAACACCUGAUUACAUGAACCUGCUGGGGAUGGUGUUCAGCAUGUGCGGCCUGAUGCUGAAGCUCAAGUGGUGUGCUUGGGUCGCCGUCUAUUGCUCCUUCAUCAGCUUUGCCAACUCCCGGAGCUCUGAGGACACCAAACAGAUGAUGAGCAGCUUCAUGCUCUCCAUAUCAGCUGUGGUGAUGUCCUAUCUACAGAACCCACAGCCCAUGUCCCCCCCAUGGUGAUGUCCUAAUGCAGGACCCAUAACCUAUGGGACCCACAACCUGCAGACCCACAUCCCAUAUCCC